AAUAAAUUGAAGGAAAUCGAUGAAGUGAUUAUUAUUUACUUAUUUAUCACGAAUUCUUACUAGAUUCAAUCAAAAAAUCAUUCACAAAAAUGUCAUCGUCCUUCAAUAAGAUGAUUAUCAUCGUUGGAUUCAUAUCUCUAUUCCAUUCAGCGUUUUCUGCCGCACAACAUCGUUCAUACCUAAGAAUCACUGCACAAGAGUUCACCGGGCUACCUUUGGACAUUGUUGUACAAGCAGUAACCAGCCUGUUUGCAGUAAUGUGGGGAGUCCUAAAUGUGGCCGGAAAUCUUCGUGAGAUCCACGCUGCAGCGGAGCUCAAUGCAAUCAAAUGGGACACCCAGCGCAACCUGCCCUCAUUCUACAUCUUUAACCACCGGGGCAAGGCCCUGUCUGCCGAGUAUCUGCCUCCUAGUAGCAAGGCAGGAUUAGAACAUUUAGAAUAAUGUAGGUUUAUUAUUUAUUGUAAGGGUAAAUAAAUUGGUUAAUUUAU